AUGGCAGCUCGAGGAAAUAAGACUAGCGUGGCAUGCAUCAACUGCUCCAAAUCCCAUGUUACGUGCGAAGCUCGCAGGCCGUGUAGUCGAUGUGUGAGGAAAGGCCUCGAAAGAACGUGUGUAGACACACCAAGAAAGCGACGCAAGUAUCUGGCGGAUGUGCCCAGUGAACAGUUGCCAGUAGACCUGAAGCGUCCCCACAGUCACAUGGAACAACAGCACCUUAAUAAGGAUCUAAACGUAGUAGCACACAAGCCACGAUUCAUGUCAAAUGCCGUCGAUUUAGAGUAUUCAAUUUUGUCUGAUAUUAUCCAGCAAGACGCUCUGCUAAGCAAAAUACCCAUUGAUCUGUUAUAUUCUAGAAACGUUGGUACAGAAGAUGAAACUCAGUACUCAACGCCAAACUCGAACUCGACAGCAAGUGUACCUCCAGCUGUUGCUCAAGAAAGACCUUCCUUGGGAUAUUCUAGUGCUAGCACCACAAUGCUUACUCAGAGAUCUAAAUACGCAACCCUCUUAGGCAACAAAGGUUGUGAGGCACUCGAAUUAGACGUCGACAUUUUCACAACGCAUUUCCCGCUGAUUCCACAAGAAUUAAGAACUUCCGAAGCUCCUUCUGACCCCGGCAGCGUUAAUUCCAGUGUACGGCAGUACUACCUAAAUCACGAACGAUCUUUACCUGAUAUUUUAGAUCAAAUAGUUAUCGAGGAUAAAAUUGUAUCGCUGGCGCUAGAUGUAACGUCUCAAGAUCAACGCGCCGUCCAAAAUUUCCCAGAAGUAACCCAUACGCUACGAUACGGCACACCCAUGGAAAUUUAUACCUUAAUAUCCACUCCGUUUUCACAUACACCAGGUUUUCACUCGCUACUUCAAUAUCUGCGAAGCCGUUUCAACAGGGCCGAUAUAGUGGAAAUGUGCCGAUCACUCGCCGAAUUUCGUCCCACAUUUAUUGCCAUUGCCGUGACACUUACGGAGGAGGAUAUGAUUUUCAUGGAGCAGUGUUAUCAAAGAACGUUGCUAGAGUAUGAUCAGUUCAUAUCACAAAUUGGUACACCGACGUGCGUUUGGCGACGCAAUGGACAAGUAUCGUACGUAAACGAUGAGUUUUCAUUGUUGACAGGAUGGACUAGGGCUGAUUUAUUAUUCAAAAUGACGUUCAUUGUGGAGCUUAUGGAUGAUGAAAGUGUGAGAGAAUACUUUAAGACGUUCAAUCGAGUUGCAUAUCAAGAUUUUAAGGGAAGUGAGCGAAUGAAGACAUGUAGGCUAUUGACGCCUACCCGAGGCCGUGAAAUCGAGUGUUGUUGUAUAUGGACUCUGAAGAGAGACGUAUUUGGCUUGCCAUUGAUGAUCAUAGGUAACUUCAUGCCAAUACUCACUGAGACCGAAAUUUGA